GUUGGGCAGCACCCAGGCGUUUUAGUGUGUGUAGCUGUACGCAGAGGAAAGCAUGGUGUUGCUGAUGAAAUGCCAGUGUUCUCCGUCAGCUCGGCCAGGAUAAAUACACAAUUGUGAUUUUGGACAUCACAGCAAAAAUCAGAGAUGGCAUGUACUCAGCUCCUGUUCUUGAUGAUUAGUCAUUUAGUUUGGAUUCUCCUAUUAAGGGAAAUGUAGUUGUAUAUGCUGUAGAGAAUCCCAGAAAGCAGAUCAACAAUAUUUCUGUCAAAUAUAUAUAAUAACUUGCAUGUUUAAGGGCCUCUGGUUUCUCAGGGUGCCUCUGAAAACUAGAUCCAUCAGCUGUUAUUCCAAAUUAACAAUAACAAAUAUCUGCCACAUCAAAUCUGCUUUGAAAAAUUAAAAAUGAAGAACAUUUAACAUGAGUUAAACAUGGAUGUAAGCAAUGCAGGUUUCAGAAUUUAAAAAAAGGCAAAUGUCUCAAGAGGAAAGAAACACAUUCAACAUGUUACUUAUACUUGCACACAAGGAUACACACAAUUCACAAGAAAACUCAACAAGGCAACUUUAAGCUUCUGUUCCUCCUCCCCUCUUUGUACAGGAUUCCUAUGAUGAAAUAUUGCAUCCAUGUUUUAUCUGUGUGGUAAUUUGACUAAUUACAAAUUACUGUAAUUUAUAAAUUUGCAACACAAAAGCAGUAUCAGCUGAAAUAAUGAAGGUUUUAAAUCUGUUUUGAUAUAGAGCUCCCCUUUCAAGACAUCAGGAUCAGGAUCAGGUAUUAAAGCAGAAUACAAACAAACUCAAUCAACUUAAUCAGGUAUCCCACCUUGCCUGGUUAAUAAUUUUUUCCUGUUCUGUUGAGGUGAUGUAAUGCAGUAAAUGGCUCUCACCACCAGUGGCCAGUCGAGAGCAGUGCUGAACACCAGCACCUGACACCGGUAAAAGUGAAACAAUUUGAAGUCAUUGAUAGUUGGCCUUUUAUAAGCGGCACCUACACAAGGACAUAAGGAAGAAACAAGGCCUCAUAAUAGUUAGCUAAAUAUUUGUGAAUAUAUUGGAUUUAGCCCAAAGAACAAAGGAAGGAAGCAGCAGACAGUUUUCAAAUAUCUGUGCCAAUCCCCCUCUGCUUUCAAGUAUCUGCUGUCACUGUGAGAAUCAGAUGGUAAUCACAGUUGUUAUUGAAUUAGCUAUUUGAUUCUCUGGAUGUAAAUGACUCAGAGUGUGCAGGAACGCCUCCCUCUCGUGUCCAAGACCCCAGAUGAAGAAUAUCAAUCGAUAUAAACCAUGUUACUACAAGGGAGCUGAUGAGGGGAAAAAAUGGAGCAAAAGAGUACUGCUGAUAAAACAAACGAGGUCUCUCCAGAAUCAGUUCCUUCUAUUGAAGUUGCGAUUCAUCAUUUCCAACCCAGCUACUCUGCUCAGAGUGGAGGCAAUGUGGUCGCUCCUUCCAUCAUCGGCUCUAACGUUGAAAACAUAAACAUCACUAUCAUCUCAACUGCCCAAGGGUCUGUCAUUUCUUCAGAAGAAGCAUCAAACCAUGACACUGCAGACAUCAAUGGUGUUCUGCAGCCCCAGAAUAAUAAGAUCGCAGAAUGUCAACAGCAACUGAAGGCUACUCUGAAGAAGAAGUUCAGCCAUUUGCUUGAGGGUGUGACAACUGAAGCGAACAAAAUACCUCUCAAUAAGAUCUACACAGAGCUCUACAUCACCGAGGGAGGAAGUGGUGAAGUCAAUAAGGAGCAUGAGGUGAGACAGAUUGAGAUGACAUCCAGGAUGCAGGUGGCCCUGGAGAAAUCAAUCCACUGCAAUCACCUCUUUGUUCCUCUACCGGGACGAAACCACCAGAUAAGAACUGUGAUCACAAGGGGAGUCGCGGGCAUUGGAAAAACUGUAUCUGCCAAUAAAUUCACUCUAGACUGGGCUGAAGAGAGAGCAAACACAAGCCUGGAAUUUGUAUUUCCCCUCUCUUUCCGAGAGCUGAACAUGAUGAGAAAGAAAACCUUCAGUCUGGUAGAGCUUCUCUGUGUCUUUUUCCCUGAAACAAAAGACACAGGAAUCUUUACUAAUGGUAAGAACAAAAUGCUCUUCAUCCUGGAUGGUCUGGACGAGAGCCGUCUGUCUUUGGACUUCCACAACAGUGAAAUAAUGUCUGAUGUGACACAACGAACCACGAUAGCCAUGCUUCUGACCAACCUCAUCAGGGGAAGACUGCUUCCUUUGGCUCUUGUUUGGAUAACAUCGCGUCCAGUAGCUUCCAGUCAGAUCCCUAUGGAGUUUGUGGAUCUUGUGACGGAAGUUCGAGGGUUCAACAACCCCCAGAAAGACGAGUACUUCAGGAGGAAAAUUAGUGAUGGGGGCUUAGCAGACAGGGUAAUUACACAUGUGAAAUCCAACAGGAGUCUCCACAUCAUGUGCCACAUACCGGUCUUCUGUUCGAUGGCAGCGAGUGUUCUUGAGAAGAAGUUGGCGAUGGCAGACAGCAAAGACAUGCCAAAGACUCUCACUCAAAUGUACAUACACUUCCUGUCCUUGUAUGUGGAACCCAUGAAGAAGAGGCUGCCUGGAAGAAGAGAGUCAAGCGCUGACUGUGUGAGAGCUAACCUCAUGUCUUUGGGUAAACUGGCCUUUAAAGAGCUGGAGAAGGGCCACCUGAUCUUCUAUGAGAAAGACCUCAUCCUGAAUGGUAUAAAUGUUGCACAGGCAUCUAUGUUCUCAGGAGUCUACACACAGAUCUUCAAUGAGGAGCUGACACUGUGCGAGGAGAAGAUGUUCUGCUUUGUGCAUCUGAGCGUCCAGGAAUUCUUUGCUGCGUUGUAUGUUUAUCUCGCAUUCAACAAUGACAACAUGAACGUCUUGGUCAAGAAGUCGUCCACUUCAAGACGUUUCCCAUUCAGAGAUUCGUCAGAGCUCAUCCUCUACAAAGAAGCAGUGGAAAAGGCUUUGCGGUGCGAAAAUGGACAUUUUGACAUCUUCCUGCGCUUUCUUUUGGGCCUGUCUCUCGAAUCCAAUCAGACUCUGUUAAAACAUCUUAUGACCAGCAACAGAACAAACCCAAGGACAAGAACAGAGAUCAUUAAACACAUCAAGGAGAGGAUCAAGUUAAGUCCAUCUCCGGACAGAUGCCUCAAUCUCUUUCACUGCCUGAAUGAGCUGAACGACCACUCUCUUGUGGAGGACAUUCAGAGCUACCUCAGCUCAGGAAGUCUUAACAGUGACAGACUUUCACCUGCCCAGUGGGCCACUCUGGUCUUUGUGUUACUGACUUCAGAGGAGGAGUUGAGUGUGUUUGAACUGAGCAACUACACCAGGUCAGAGGAGGGUCUUCUGAGGCUGCUGCCUGUUGUGAAAACAGCCACAGUGGCAAAUCUAAAUGCAUGUAACCUCACUGUAAGGAGCUCUGACAUCUUGGCCAAUGUCAUCCGCUCAUCCCAAGUUAGAGAGCUGGAUCUGAGUAACAACAACCUGACAGAUGCAGGACUGAUGCGGCUCUCUAGUGGACUGAAGAACAGCAAACUAGAGAUAUUCAGACUGAGGAGCUGCAACCUAACAGAACACAGCUCUGAUGUCCUGGCUUCAGCUAUCAGCUCAGCCUCCUGCCAGCUGAAAGUGCUGGACCUCACUGACAAUGACUUUCAGGACGUAGGAGUCAAAAGGCUCUCUGGUGGACUGGGGAGUCUGCACUGUAAACUGGAAAAACUCAUUUUGUCCCUAUGCAGAGUGACAGAAGAAGGUUGCAUUUUCCUGGCAUCUGCUCUAAACUCCUCCCAUCUGAGAGAGCUCGACCUGAGCUACAAUCAUCCAGGUAACUUGGGCCUGGAGCUGCUGUCUGCCCUGCUGGACGACCCACAAUGCAGUCUGGAGAAACUCAGUGUUGAACAAUGUGGUGAAUCCAGAAUUCAGCCAGGUCCAAAGAAAUAUACCAAUAAACUCACCCUGGACCCAAACACAGCACACAGAGACCUCUCUCUGGACGAAGGAAACAGGAAAGCAACACGUUGGACCAAGCAGCCAUAUCCCGAUCACCCUGAAAGGUUCGAUUUCUGGAGACAGGUGUUGUGCAGGGAGGGCCUGACAGGACGCUGCUACUGGGAGACAGAGUGGAGUGGGAGAGCUUUCAUAGGUGUCGCCUACAGACGCAUGUGCAGGAAGGGAGAGGGUCAUGAAAGUUGGUUAGGCCGAAAUGACUCCUCCUGGGUCCUGAGCUGCACCAAGGAUGGUUACAGGGCCUUUCACAAAGGCAUCAACACUGCUGUAACCACCCCAUCCAGCUCCAAUAAGGUGGGAGUCUAUCUGGACUGGUCAGCAGGAAAGGUGUCCUUCUUCAGCGUCUCUUGUGGUGCACUGACUCUCCUCCACACCUUCCAAACCACCUUCACCGAGCCUGUGUACCCAGGGUUUCAUCUUGGCUGGGUGGACUCCACAGUGUACCUGUGCUAAAUAUUAUCUUCUGUGGACCUUCAUAUUGCCCCUGCUUUACACUGAGGACUUCUCACAUGAUGUGGUAUUUUAUUUCCUCCACUGCACUUGAGCCUGAAUCUUAAAGAUUGCCACACACACACACACACACACAAUUUUUCACCUAUAGUGGUGUCAAACCAUGUUUUUUUGUCUGACUAACAGUUCAAAACCUAGAUAUUCAAUUUACGAUGAUAUAAGACAGAAAAAAGUAAAAAAAAGUUUGUUUGGGAGGCUGAAACCAGAGAAUGAUUGGAGUUUUUUUGCUUAAAAACAGAUUUAUUCAAUUAAUUGUCAAAAUAGUUGAUUCAUUUUCUGUCAAUCAACUUGUCGAUUAAUAGACUAAAUUUUUCAGCUUUUACAGAACAAACAUUUUUGGGUCAUUUAAAUGUGCUUUUUUAAAGAAUUGUGACCAAGAUCGGUGCUCUACAGGAUAUUUUACAGUUGAAAUGUAAAUUGUCAGUGUAAUAGCCACACUCGGGUAUCUAAAUGAUCUCAUAUGUACUUUUUUUCUUGUUGCUUAUCACUUGACAGACAUACCACCAUCUGCAUUAUGUGGGCCAAUAUAUCAACUUGGACAAGUUAUAGGUCUUGCUGUACCCCUAUACAAGGAAGGUCAAUGGAAACUCAUUUGUGGGGCUCUCAGCAACAUUUUUCUUACAAAACUAUAGUUGUUGUUUCUCUGGAUAAUCUACAGAACACCAUUUUUAGGGACUAUUUCUUUCUUUCAAACACUAAGAGGAAGUGAGAAAAUAUUUAAUUUGGGUAAACUGACCCUUUAAAAACUAAAGAAAAAAACCCUCUUAUGUGAUCUAGAUAAUUUGUACAACAAUAUGAUGAAUGUACUUUGAUAAAAGAUUUUAUAAAUGUUAUCAUUUGUAAUAAAGCUUUUCUUCGUUGGAGUCACAAAAAUAAACUUGGACGGGAGAACCACGAUGUCGAGUUUCACUUUUAACAAUCAUUUUAUUAGCAGUCCCAAGAGGCAAUGAAAAAAAAAAAUCAAAGAAAAAAAAAGGAACAGAAAUUAAGAUUACAGUCCAGACGGUGGGUCAAUCAAAACCAGUGAACAUAAAGACAGGAACAGAGGGCUACACACACACCAAACAAACACAAAAGUCACGUUGUUAAAAAAGGAACAGAAAGUGAUAAAUGAAGAAGACUGAAUUUAAUCUCAUGGGUAGUGUGUGUAUGUGUGUGUGUGUGUUGGCUGAUCCCUCUGUUCCUCAAGAGAAAUUCACCAGGACCUACCCCACAUUCACACACACAUACACACACUCUCUCUCUCACACACGCAUAUCAAAAAGCCAGUCAAGGCAUCUUCCCCUCUUCAGUAAAAGCCAUGAUUUUAUAUUUAGGCUAUUUUGUGACAGAGAAACCAACCAUCAACAAACCACAGCUGUUCAGGCAGGUCUUUAAAAUUGUUAUUUUCUAUUAACGCUGUACAGUUUAUAUUUUUUUAUUUACACACUGAAUGUUGUCACUGCAGAGACAACUCAAAAUUUAAGUGAUGUCUAUUUAUCCGCUGUUAUUCUGUGCUCAUUUCUGUCUGCUGGAAAUUGCUUUUUAUACAAUUCUGAACAUCAAUAUAAAGUCUGCAGCACUACAUGUCAGCAAAAGACAGAAUCAUCUCUCAUCACUGUGAUGCUGGCAUCAAAAGUUCACAUGCCUCCUUGAUUUUUUAUUCUUUUUAUUUAUUUCACAGUGCUGCAUAGACUUUGAACGAAUGAGAGCUUCCUCUCAAAACAGAAUCACGACAGCAAUUUGAAAUGCACAAGUGGUUCAUCGGUGAACAAACAUCUGAGCCAGAUGUUCACAUUAACAAAGAACUGAAGCCGAUGUAAACAAAUCUGGGUCAUACCAAUUACUGUAAUGAUGGUUUAUCAGCCCCAGAAAUCAUGUGCACCUGUAUUUUCUUAAUAUUUAAGGACUUUGAAAACAGAUUUUUGACUUUAAGAUAUUUCUUAAAUGCAGGUAAAAA